GAGGAUUCAGGAUCAGGAAGUAAUAAUGCGCACAAACGCAUGCAUCGUCAACAUUUAAUAAAAACACAACAGUGAAACCGAAACUAAAUCAAAGAAACUCUUCAAAACUUGUGAAAGCGUACUCCUAAUCUGUCAAGAGUUUGGUAUUUUGACGUCUAUUGUGAGAUCCUCGUGAUGAUCAAAGGGAGGUUAAUUCCAGAAAUCGGUGUGCACUAGUCGUCGACUGGCGCCGGCGGUGCAGCUGCAGAUCGACUCGCAAGUCGCGCAUCGCAUGACGAGAGAGCUCAACAAUUUCUGCAAUUGUGCCAGAAUUUCAUCAUCAUCGUUAGUUCAAUAGUUGAACUAGAACUUAGAGAAUAGCAAUUGUUGUGACAGUCGAUUGAGUGGAAAGACACCAUGUAAACUGGAUGUAAAUAACGAUUUAGUAUUAUCGUCUGCAGACGAUUCAUCCCCGUAUAGUUUUAAAGCAACAUGUCUUCACCGGCAAAAAUGAGAGUCAAGGAUAAGAAGUUCCACACGCUUCCUCUCCCCAAACGGAACAAGGAGAAGAAGAAGACACCCUCUAAGGACGACUCGGAGGGCGUGACCAGAAAGAAGAGCUUUGUGGACAUGACGCGGCGUAAGCUGAGCCGGGGUACUAAGGACCAGGCUGUCAUUGAGCCGCUACGACGUAAAGUAGGUGUGGAAAAGGAUAUGGAUAAACUGCAGGUUUCAGAGAAGUCAGUCAUGGUAGCUCUGAAAUGGUUUCUAGAGGUAAUUCAGAAGGACACGCUGAUCAUGCUCCCAGGGAGUACGACAAAGGUCCUCCAAGAAGUCAUGGAGCUCAACCAGUGUCUGAAUCAAUGUCUGAAUAAUGAAGAAAGCUCGAUGCUUAUGUCAUGUCACAACCAAGUCCACCAAAGCCUAGCUAACCUCAUCCACUGGGCAGACAAGAUUGUCCUGUACGGAGAAUCCGCCAUGAACAAAGACGAAGGCAGCGAAGUGACCGAGGCCGUGCGUUCAGGCAUCGAGGAACUGGUCAAACUCUACCUGGAGAAACUCAAAGACAGGCAGAACAAACUAGCGGCUGGUAAUGAAGACCAGCAACAGACGCCCAAGCUAAACUUCGAGAACAAAGAUGAGGUGUAUGAACAGAGACCGCUUAGCCCCAGAGAAAAAGAGAUGCUGCAUCAAUCUCCCAUUGGCCAAUGGUUCCCUGGACCUAAUAAUAGUGGAUUGGAGGCGGAAAACUCCGCCCCUCCUAAACCCUUUCUACCGAGUCAGAGGAUACUAGUUACGCAAGUUGAGGGCACUGAGCCCCCACCACUACCACCGAAGAGACAUAGUCGCGUUCAGCGUCAUAACUCAUUAUACGACAAUGCAUCCGAUGACGGCACUUACCCUCACGACUUGUCGCUAGACUGCUCAAUAUCAGGCAGCUCGGCCUCGGUAACCAGUCAGCACUCUAAUAUGAGCAACGGUAGUUCCCACAGCCGACCCGAGUCCAUGUUGAGUAGUCAGUUCUCAUCGCCGAGUAUCCACGGACUGGAGUGGGAGGUCUCGGACGCGCUCAACCCUGCCGAUGUGUCGAGACUCUCCAUCCAGUCUAGUCGUCGAUCCAGCACGGAAUCCUCUGAGCAUAGGGACGUUGAGAAGGUUUCGAACAGUGGGUCAGACGGUACCCCGCCCUGUUUGCCAGCUAAACAGCGACCGACUCUUGAGAGACAUUUAUCGGCGUACGAUAACGUGGACCCCGAGGAAGCGGAAGCGAUAUCGGACCGUUGUCAGAAUCUUCAAGAGGUUGUGUUUACUGCUGGGAUGUCUCAAGAUGAGAGCAUGGAGCAUAGAGACUCUUAUCAUAGUGGAUAUGGGGAUCACUAUGGUGAUGUGCCUCCUCCUCUGCCACCCAAACAGAUGAAGCAUAUCAAUACAUAUCUGGAUAUAGUACACGAUUACUCGGAGGAGCAGUUUGAGAUGACGUACUACGACCACCAACCCAACGACAACUCUCCCACGGAAAACUUCUAUCCCAACGGCAGCGGGGAAUACCAGAGUAGCGAACAGUUCUUUCUGGAAACGUACUAUAGUAACGGGAUGGUGAACGGUCGCCGGCCGGUGUCGGGAGCCAGUUACGCCGAGAUUGACGAUCGAUCGGAGAGUUCAGCUGAAGGGACGGAACCGCCAGCGUUGCCCAUCAAGAGACGAAGUUCAACCUCAACGUCACCUCCCUUGAGAACGAGGCACUACACCAACCCAGAGCGUCCCAUCAUGCCCUUGUACAACCUCAAGAAGAAAUCGGAGAGUAUGAUUGAGGGUGGCAAUGAACCAAAUGUCGGGAACAUUGAUCACAUGAACAGCAGCAAUCACAAGUCACAUGAUGAGAGUAAAGACAAGUCAGCUGACGUGAUGCAUGAGGAUCUUGGGACGUUGGGACACCUUGAUGCCUCCAAACAACUCGUCCAAGCCACUGUGGAUGGCAAGAAUCAGAUCAAAGGUGGGCCUAUUGAUGCGUUGAUUGUUUACGCAGCUGAUGCAGACAGAAAAGACCUUUUCUACUAUGAAGCGUUCCUGACGACGUACAGGAUGUUCAUCAAAUCCAACGAUCUGCUGGACAAGUUGCUGAGUCGAUACAAGAAGUUCCGCCAUAAGUCAGACAUGAAGUCCAAGCGAGCCAAUCGCAACGCAUUCUUCCUGCUACUGCGAGUAGCUGGAGAUUUAAUAGGUCAAGUGGAAGAUGACAUCUUGAAGAUGCUGAUGGAACUCGUCUUUCAACUCCUGUGCGACGGGGAGCUGAUGUUGGCCAAGAUCCUCAGGGACAAAGUCCUGACGAAGAUCGACGACAACAAGCUGGCUCUUCAGCUGAGUAACAAACUCCCUCUGUCUGGACUAGGAGUCUCUGUCAUGAAAGCUACUUUGCUGGACUUCAACAGCUUAGACAUAGCCGAGCAGAUGACUAUCUUAGACUCGGAGUUGUUUCAGAAGAUCGAGAUUCCUGAGGUUCUACUCUGGGCGAAGGAACAAUCAGAAGCCCUGAGUCCCAACUUGACAAUCUUCACGGAACACUUCAAUAAGAUGUCGUACUGGGCACGAUCGUUGAUCCUUCAAGAAAACAGGCCCCAGGAUCGAGAGAAACUUGUCACCAAGUUCAUCAAGGUCAUGAAGCAUCUGAGGAAGCUGAAUAAUUUCAACUCGUAUCUGGCGAUCCUGUCUGCGUUAGACUCAGCUCCCAUUAGGAGACUAGAAUGGCAGAAACAAACGGUCGAGGGGUUGCAGGAAUACUGUCAGCUGAUUGAUAGUUCCGCAUCAUUCAGGACGUACAGAGCCGCACUGGCUGAAGCUGAACCACCCUGCAUACCCUACCUCGGGCUAAUCCUGCAGGACAUCACGUUUGUCCACAUCGGUAAUCCAGACUUACUGCCGGACAGCGACCACAUCAACUUCACGAAAUCCUGGCAGUUCUAUAACAUUCUGGACAGCAUGCGUAGAUUCAAACAACAUCACUAUGACAACCUGAGGAAGUCUCCCAAGGUCCUGGCCUUCUUCAAUGAUUUCAUCGAUUUCUUGGACGAGGAGUCCAUGUGGCAACUGUCCAAGACGAUCAAGCCGCAAGGAAGUGGACGACCCAAGCCAACGACAUGAGAUCAAAGGUCGUGGAACCAGUGCAAAUGAGCGGGCUUGGUAGUACUACUGCACCUUUGGUCGAUAGGACCGAGGUUCGAAUUCCAUUCUGCACAAGCAUCUGUAUGUGGAACGGUUUCAUCUUCAUUAUACCCGAGAGUUGUCUGAAAAAGACCACCACAUUUCUGUCUUUGAUAAUUCCCUCCAUUUUAAAGGUAAUAACAGGGUACUCAUUCUUUGUUGACUGACUUUUUGGUUGACAUAUAAAGUCAAAGUCUUGAUCUGUGUAUUUUGGAAGACUUUCCAGAUAAGUUUGCUUUUCCCUUUUGCUGCAUAAUAUGAACUUCAGCGCGUCCCAAGAUACCUGCAACUUUUUUUUUUGCGAGGCUGUAGCGUCGG